CAUCAGUCGCUCGAUUGCCUUUCAAUCACAAACAGUCCCAGGACAAAACACAAACCCUUCAAAAAUGAAAUCGUUCAUCGUACUCGCCCUCUUCGUCGCCGCCGCCGUCGCCGCUCCCGCCAGCUCCGACGCGGACGCCGUCGUCCUCCGCUACGAUAGUGACAACAUCGGAGUUGAUGGAUACAACUAUGCCGUGGAGACCUCCAACGGCAUUGCCACUCAGGAGCAGGGUCAGCUGAAGAACGCCGGCACUGAAAACGAGGCUAUCGAGGUCCGCGGCCAGUACUCCUACACCGGCCCCGACGGUGUUGUCUACACCAUCACCUACAUCGCCAACGAGCUCGGCUUCCAGCCCCAGGGCGCUCACAUCCCCCAGGCUCCUUAAGUGAAUUUCACUAAUUCCAAUAUCUAGUCCAAAAAUACUCAUCCUUAACCCUACUUCCUUCCUUUGUUGAUAAUAAUUGUCCACACCAAGCGAUCUGUGAUAUGAUCCUGAAAGAAUUUG